GACAAAGACUUGUACCGACCUUGCUUAAAAGAGCAAGGUGUGUAGCUGUGUUCACUUUGUUGGUUAGGAUGCAACAAAUAUGCUGAGAACUUUGCUUUUUAAAAUAAAUAUUCCUUUUCGCAUUUUUGUUUGAUUUCGUAAGUCUCUGAAGAAACCUAUUCAAAGAAUUUUAAAGUCUCUAUGGUUUUCUCAAACAGAAUGUAGGAUUAGGGAGCUUAUUUGUUUCUCUUGGACUAAAAAUAAUAGUUUUCCCAAAAACCUUAACAGGACUUAGUUUUUAUUCUUUUUGAUUCAGUAGGUCCUUGAGUUGAAUUUAAAAGUGAAAUUAGUGUCGCCUGCUUCCUUCCCGUGACUGGUUAGCUGGCCGCUGAGUCCCAUGUCCCAGGCAAACUGAGGGCCUGUAUGCAAGGAGAGUAGAAACGACUGUGACUGCACUAGACUAACGUGCUCCAAACCUCACGUGUGUGACACAUUAUUUAAGCCCCCUGCAAACACAGAUACUAUAAUAUCUAUCUUUUUUUUUUUUUUUUUUUUGUCUUUUUCCUUUUUAUCGAUACCGGGGAUCAAACUCACGACUGCCUGCUUGCAAUGCAGGCACUUAUGCCACUGAGCUAAAUCCCCAGCCCCUAUAAUAUCUAUCUUCAUAAGACCAAAAUUGGAGCUGUUAGGUGGCUUUUUUGAAGUUAUGCAGCUAGUAAGUGUUGGAGCCAGGAAUGGGCCAUGUGCAGAAUGAAAUGAAGAGAAUGGUUGGGUGAGAGUCCAGGACAUUCACGUUCUUCUGUCUGGCAGACGGAGAUGACAGGGCUCCUGGUUAGGAGAGCCCUGUGCUCAAGACGAGCGCCUGGUGCAGACCUGGCCCUGCAGUGGGCAUAAGGUACGCACACAGCAGGUUCAGCCCCGGUGGGUCUGCCUCUGACGCCUGUGUUGCUUCAGUGCAGUCUCACGGGUCCUUCUUUUCAAACCCAGCUGUCAGAACAUCUGCAUAGUUGUAGGUACCCCGGGACAUGACUGGUAGAAGUAGAGUUUCGUUUAUCUAGAUCUUCUGUGUUUUGUAUCAGUGUCUUUUUCUUUUGUUCUCCUGAACAAAUGCUGUCUCCAUAGCAAGGGGGGCUGGUGUGCUGGUGAGUGUAGCAGAUGCAGAAAGGGAAGUGAGGGAUGGUUACAAACCCCGUGCUUGGGGACCUGUCAGGAGGGCUGUUGCCACCGACAGGGUAACUUUGUAAGGUGUGAUAAAAACAUGGAGAAUGCUGUUGCCCAAGGCCUUCCCAUGCCCAGGCACUCCCUAAAACAUGGCAUGUGUCCUCCUCCAGCUUACUCACAGGUCCUGACAGCAUGGUUCUCCUGGCUUUUUCACAAGGUCAAAAUAACCACGCAAGGGAAACAUUUAAAUCUAUCCAGGGCAUACUAGCAGCUUCAGUGGUGCGACUGUCAGACCCUCACGAAAGAGGACUUUUGGAACUGGCAGAAUGGUGGCAGGAGUGACAGGAAAGUGUUUGAACCAGGAAGUAUUUUAAAGGGCAGUAAUGGCAGUGUGUGUUCCAUAUUUUCAAUUUUAUUUACUUAUUUUUUCAGUGUCAGGAAUUAAACCCAAGGGCACACUGCCACUGAGCUAUAUUCCUAGACGUUUUGAUUUUUUUGAGAUAGGAUCUUGGUCCAGGCUGACCUUGAACUUGUGAUCUUUGUGGCUCAGCCUCCUGAGUAGUGGGAAUUACAUGUAUCACCACUACUCCCACUCAAGAUUUUAAAAAAUCUGAACAUUCACCUAUUUGCCAGUCAUACCUUGUACUAGAUCACUAUGUAAAAUCAUAUCAUAUUGUUAAAUAUUAUCUAUUAAAAUAAGAAUUAAAGUAAUUCCAUUUAUAUUUUCAUCAAAACAGUAAAAUACUUAGGAAUAAAUACAACAAAAUAAGUGUAAUAUCUAUACCCUGAAAACUAUAAAAAAUGAAAAAAGAAAUAAGGGAGUUCUAAAUAAAUGAAAAGACAUCCCAUGUUCAUUGAUCAAAAGACUUAACAUUGUUCUAGGCAUGAUGGUGUAUGCCUGUCUGUAACCCCAGCAUUCUAGGAGGCUGAGGCAAGAGGAUCACAAAUUCAAGCCAUCCUAGGCAGUUUAGCGGCUUAGUAAGAAUGGCUUAGUGAGACCCUGUCCCAAAAUAAAGCUGGGAAUGGAGCUUAUUGGAGAGGUCCUGGGAUCAAUCGUCACAACUGGGAGAUUAAUAUUGUUUAUGUUGUAAUACUCCCAAAUUGAUACAUGGAUUCUGUACAAUUCAUACCAAAAUUCUAGCUGCUUAUUUUGUAGAAAUUAAAGAGCUGUUUUAAAAUUCAUAUAGAUAAGCUAGGUAUGAUGGUACAUACCUAUAACCCUAGCUUUGGAGGCUGAGGCAGGAGAAUUGCUAUAAGUUCGAGGCCAACCUGAGCUGCAAGCUGAGUUCAAGGCCAGCCUUGGAUUACAUAAUGAAACUGUCUCAAAAGGACAACAAAAAUCAUAUGGCUAUUCAGAGGCCCCAAAAUAGUUAUAAUACUCUUCAAAAGAGAAAACACACAUUUAUCUAUUUGAAACCUCAUUAUCAAGAUAGUAAUCCAGGUGAUAUGGUUUAGUACUUGGAUAAAGUUAGAGCCAAUAACAUUGAAUUGAGAGUUCAGAAACUCCUACAUUUGCAGUCAGUUAAUUUAUGGCAUCUUAGUUACUUUCUCUUUGCUGGGACAUAAUAAUCAACACCCACAAAUUAAAGGAGGAAGGCUUUAGUUUAGUUCACAGUUUGUAGAAAUUUCAGCCCAUAAUCAGCUGGCUCGAAGGCAGGGUGGCAUGGCAGGGGAGAAGUGACCCUUGGCGGGGCAGGCAGGAAGCAGGGAGCUCUCCUUCCUUCCCUUUUCAUUCCGUCCAGGCUUCUAGCCUAUUGUCUGGUGUUAGCCACACCAUGGGUGUGUCUUCCCUCUUCAGUAAAUUCGUGAUCUAAACCUGGAACUACGUGAAACCAAUCAGUGAACUAAUCCAGCACCACAGCCAUGGUCAGGCGCUGCCCCAAAGUCCACCUAUGAGUCAGGCAGCUUUGAGGGGCGUCUAGAUGUAAGCUGUAACAGUGGGAAGGCCCAAGACAAUCCAGGGGACGAAAGGAGUCCUUCCAGCACUCAGUGCUGGAACACCAGAUACCCAUGUGAAAGCAGUUUCAAAAGGAUGCAGACCUAAACAGAAGAGCUAAACUAAUUUUCUAAUAUCCUAAAUACAUAAAGAAUUUUACUGUCACCUGAUGGGGCCAAAGGAGGUGCCCCGUAGAGGAGGUGGGGUUCUUAUCUCACCCCACUCACAGAGUCAUUGAAAAGAAUAACAAGGUGUGUCAAUGAGAGACACAGAAAGGAUUCUUACGCUCAGUGAAGGCAUCCACCCCGGAAGGGAGCAGAGUGUGGCCUGCAAGUGGCCGAAGCGUGGUGAUCUCAGGGUUUUCACUGGGUCUUCGGGGCAGGAUCGGGGUGUGGAUUCCUGUGUCUUCAGGCUGCCCCUUGCCGGGCUGGGCAGAAGCAAACCGGCUGCCCACUUGAGUUCGUCUGAGUUCAGAGCGAUGCUGUGCUGCUGCUCCCUUGGCCCUUCCUUGAGAUCAGGUCUGGGGAUGGAGGAGCCUGCAAGGCCCGGCGGAGUUGUUUUGCCCUGAGUUUCCUGAAAGGGAAAGAGGCAGUGGAACCCCGAAUAGCUUCAGUGAGCUGAAGCUGCAGUUUUUCUUGAAAGUGCAAUUUUAAAAUUACUCUUUUAAAUUUGGUAUAUUUUCUACCUAUCUUUAUGUCUUCUAUCCUGUUGGAGACUGGUGAAGCUGAAUACACAUUCAGGGCUGUGAUGUAGCCCAGGCAUGACUGAACUGAGAAUGAGGAGACACCACAGGGGGCAAGACAGGCCACCACUGAGGCCACCUGGGGACUUUCUGGAUAGUUCUCCUUAAUUAGCAUCAUCUGUUGCUCUGAGGGGUCCUUGGUCCCCCGCCCAAGAUCCUGUUCAGGUUUUCUCCAUUGUCCACUGAACUCCUUGCCUGUUCUGAUUAAAUACUGCUCAGGGUCAGUGGGCCAGCCCGCUAGCAGAGUUACGAGCUCUGCCGAGGAUUUCACUCCUCCUGCAGCCCUAAAGACCAGGCCCUGUGCCUCAUUCCUUUGAGCCUUCACCGUGCACCCAUUUGGGAGUUUAGGGUCUAGGUACAGACCCCAACAAGUCAACAAUAGAACAAUUCAACUUAAAGUAAAUAGCAAGGUAAAUAUAUUUUUAAACCUGUGUGUAGUUUUGCAAAAUCCACCUGCCCUUCCCUCCCUUUAUUUCCUGUUCGAGUUGCCUGUGUCCAGAGUGCUCAGAAGCCAGCUCUGUGUUAUUGCUGCAUGUGUCCUGGUAGCUGCCUGCAGCUGUCCUACCUCAGUAGAAAGCCCUGGCAUCUCAGGUCGCUUUCAUUUGUUUCACAUCAGGCUGGUAGCACUGUGCCUUGUCUUGCUGUACUUUACCUUACCUCACUUUUCUGCUUGUGGAGAUUAGGAUUACUUUUCCUUUCUGCAGGAAUUAAUAACUAUUAAUAUAAGCUGUUUUGUUUUGUUGUGUUGUUUAGGGGCGCUUUUUUUUGCCUUUUUUGAGACGGGGUCUCGCUAUGCAGUUCAGGCUGGCCCUGUUCAAACUCGCAAUGAUCCUCCCACCUCAGCCUCCUGAGUGCUGGGAUUACAGGAGUGAGCCACCACGCCCGGCUUUUUUUUUUUUUUAGUUUUUUGAGACAAGGUCUUACCACAUAGCUCAGGUUGGCCUCUGAGUGCUGGGAUUAUAGGCAUGCUUCACCAUGCCCAGCUUAAUAUAUUUUUAAAGAUAUUGAUACUAGGAUGUCUUUAGGAGUUAAUCAUUGAAGAGUCUUGGUAGAAUCACACUGCUAUUUAGUUUCAUAAAAUUGAGUUCUUGAAAGAAGAGAGAAGACUAUUGAAACACUGGCUUUGUUUUCUAAGAAAAUGUCUUGUUUUCCCAUCUCCAGUUCCUGGAACAAUGCAUAUUUGUUGAGUAAAUGAACAAGCGAACAUCUUCCCUUAAAUGCUAUUUUUUUAGGUUAUUGUUUUACUUUAUUUUUUUUUUUUUUAUCGGUACCGGGGAUCAAACUCACGACCGCCCGCUUGCAAGGCAGAUGCUUAUGCCACUCAGCUAAAUCCCCAGCCCCUACUUUAUUUUUAUUUGUUUGUUUUUGAGACAGAAUCUCACUGUGUAGUUCAGACUGGCCUUAAACUCACUGUGUAACCCAGGAUGGCAUCAAACUUGUGGCAGUCCCCCUGCUUCAGCCUCCUGAGUGCUGGAACACACCUGUAACACAGCCCUUAAAGGCUGCUUUUCUCUUGGCCUGGCUGCAUAGAAGGGAACUGGGCUUAGUGUCCUGUAGGGUGCUUUUUGGGUGGUCACCAGCAUGGUUUGUGCCUUCCAGCUGGCUCUUCUCAGCCACUGGGGUUGCAAGAUCAAAUGAGGUGAUAUUGCCAAAGUACCUCACCUAAUUUACCUAACAGCUGUUAAUCGUUAUGAAUUAUAACAGUAUUGUUGAUUUUCCUUUUUUUAGUUUUGCAGUACUGGGGUCAAACCUAGGAUUCCUGCAUGCUAGGUGUGAGCUCUGUCCCUGAGCUGUAACCCCAGCCCUAGAUUUUCUUCCAGUGAGUUUCUUCCUUGUUGCAUAUUGCUGUCAGUAGUUCAACUUCGAUGAACUUUGAUUUAUAGAAAACACAAAUGUUUGCUGUGUGUCUUGGCUAUACCAUAGUCAGAAACCAGUCUGGAAUGCAUUUCUUAUUUCAAAUUACAAAUGAAUAAUUGGGCGUCUUCUGGGUGUUUUUUCAUUGAAUACACAAUCACGUCAUGUUUCCUUUUCAAAGAGGUUAGGGAAGUGGCACAUUCCGACACUGUGAGAGUGUUUAGACACAUCAAUAUUUAUAAUGUGUACAUACAUGAGGUGUACACAUUAUAUGAGAUGUACAUUAUAUGAGGUACUAAUUCUGUUUUAGGACCCAUUCUGUAGAAACCAAGCAUUUCAAGAUGCUGAUGGUAGUGAUAUUUGCAGUGGGAAAAUUGGCAGCUAGAAUGUUCAGCAGGGGCAGGUAAGCCCCUGGAAAAUCAUAGAGGAAUCAUAGUUAUACAGCUAGCCAUAUAUUUUUUUUCCUAUACAUAUUAGAACAAAGAUGAUGCGUGUAUUUCUGAGGAGGGGUAUGUGUGUGUGGUUUAAAUUAUCAGCUUGUAUUGGGAAAACACGGAAGGUAAAAUUUACUGUGUUAAACAUUUCUAUGUGUAUAAUUCAGUAGUGUUAAGAACAGCAACACUGUUAUGUAACCAGUUUCCAGAGCCUUUUUCAUCUUGCAAGACUACACAUCUAGCCAGGUGUGGUAGCUGUCAUCCCCUAGAAUAUCCUCAGGAUAGAUUCAAGGCUAGCCCAAACUCCUUAGUGAGACCCUGUCUCAAAAACAAAGCAAAACAAACCCUGGAAACCUAGCGUUGAACUCCCUGAUACCCUCUCUCCAGCUGCUAGUAAUUGCCUUUGCACUUCUUAUCUCUAUAAACUCGGGCUCAUCAGUGAAGUCAUGCAUAUGUUUGUGCCCUUGAGACUGGCUUAUUCUACUGAACGUAGUAUCCUCCGAGUUUGCCCAUAUUGCAGUGUCUGUCAGAAUGUCCGGUGUGUGUGUGUGUGUGGUGUUGGAGAUUGAACCAGGCCCCACACAGGCCAGGCCCAGGCUCGCUCCACCAUAGAGUGUGCUUCCUUUCUGGGCCUGGCUGUGUGUGCCACUUUUUGUUCAGCUAUUCAGCCAUUCGUGGACACUUGAUGGUUUCUGCCUUGUGGCUGAUUGAACACAGUGAGCACAAACCUCCUGCAGACUCUGCUUUCCCAGUUGGACAAGUCUCAACUCCUCGGGGUGGGCUGGGGCAGAGAAUUCAGCUGGUGUUUUGACUACCACUUCGUAUACUUUAUGUUUUCAUUUUUCACAGCAGACAUCAAGUUCUAUUUGUCAUUGUAAAGUAUAAAAUCACUAAUUGUUAUGUCUCUGCUUUGUGCUAUGUUGAGAACUCACCAGCUUUUUUACCAGAGAUACCCACGGAUGCUGUGAGAGAGUGUAGAUGGGAUGUGAACCAGAACUUCUGCAAAAACAUCUUUGAGGGAUGCAUGAGUAUCGUCCAUAAGUAUUUGAGUAAAAAACCAUUUGAAGAAUACCAAGAAAGCCCGUAUUUUUCUCGAUUUUUACAAUGGAAAUGGCUGGAAAGGUUUGUGCCUGUCAAGUACGAGCUACAGGAAAAAUGUAUGCCUGCAAAAAGCUAGAAAAAAAACGAAUUAAGAAGAGGAGAGGCGAAGCUAUGGCUUUGAAUGAAAAAAGACUCCUCGAAAAAGUGCACAGUAGAUUUGUAGUUAGUUUAGCCUACACUUACGAAACCAAGGAAACCUUGUGUUUGGUGCUAACCAUCAUGAAUGGAGGGGACUUGAAAUUUCACAUUUACAACCUGGGCAAUCCCGGCUUUGAUGAGAAGAGAGCUAUCUUCUAUGCUGCAGAGGUGUGUUGUGGCUUGGAGGAUUUACAGAAGGAAAGAAUUGCCUACAGAGACUUAAAGCCAGAGAAUAUUCUCCUGGAUGACCAUGGACACAUCCGGAUUUCAGAUCUUGGUUUAGCCGUGGAGGUCCCAGAAGGCCAGAUGGUGCGAGGAAGGGUUGGAACUGUUGGCUACAUGGCUCCAGAAGUUAUCAAUAAUGAAAAGUACACAUUUAGUCCUGAUUGGUGGGGACUUGGCUGUCUGAUAUAUGAAAUGAUUCAGGGACAUUGUCCAUUCAGAAAGCCCAAAGAGAAGGUCAAGCGGGAAGAGGUCGAGCGAAGAGUGAGGAAGGACACUGAGGAGUACUCGGACAAGUUCUCAGAGGAUGCCGAAUCCAUCUGCCGAAUGUUACUUGCUAAGGAUCCGAGUGAACGGCUGGGCUGCAGGGGCGAUGGUGCCACUGGGGUGAAGAAACACCCUGUGUUCAAGGACAUUAACUUCAGCAGGCUGGAGGCAAAUAUGGUGGAGCCCCCUUUCCGUCCUGAUCCAAAUGCUGUUUAUUGUAAGGAUGUCUUAGACAUUGGACGGUUCUCCGUGGUGAAGGGCGUCAAUCUGGACACCACAGAUGACAACUUCUACGCUCAGUUUGCAACGGGGUGUGUCUCCAUCCCCUGGCAGAAAGAGAUGAUCGAGUCUGGAUGCUUCAAGGAAAUCAACGACAGUGAAAAUAAGUGUCUGGAGGAGACACUGUGUCCCCCGGCAGCCAGGCCCAAGAGGAACCUCUUCUACAGGUUCUUUGGAAGAAUGGGCUGCCUGAGAACCAACCGCUGAGAGGAGACCCUGUAGGAUGGUGACCGUCACCCUGCAGACCAUGGAGGCCGCCCUGAUGCUGAGGCAGAGUCACAACUGGUAUCCCAUGCUCCCGCUGGUUUAAUAAAUGCAAUCUGUGACAGUGGAAAA